CUUCACUUGAAGAAACUACGAUGACUGUGAGUUUCUGAAUAUCACCACCAAGUUACGCCUUCCAAAUACAAACCAUGCACUUUAUUAUGAUAUAAGAUCAUCGUCUCCCUCUUCUUAUCCUUUCUUCUCUCACUUCUCGAUAUUCUUCCCCAGCUCUUGGUCCAGAUCUUUCCCAUUGGUUAUCACCGGAUACCCCCACUUAUUACAACUACUGCUGGUCUCCUCGCUGAGGAGCGAUCAUUUUCACUGAACAUCAAACCACAAACCAACUAACAUCUUUUCAUUAUAUCAACAUUGUCGAGCCAUUACUUUCACAACCUCAGCUACUUUUUGCUUGAAACCACACGUUCAAUCUAUCAGAAAAGACACCACAAUGCCCGUCCAGCUCGAAAUCCCAAUCUUCACCGCCGACGUAGAAGAAUUCGAUGUUCGUUCCUUUGAACGAACGGGAUGCAGAGAGCUCAGAGUAAAGCCGAGGGCUCAGUCAGACUACCUAACUUCCUCAAAUGUAGCAAACGGUGGAUUGACCCCCAACAUGAGAAAUACGGUUCGAUUCCUUACUCACCUACGAAAGUCGGAGAGGCUCAGAGAAGACCAGCAACCGAUCAUACGCAUUAUGAUCCGGCCCCGCGGUUUCAAGCAUGACGACAAGUCCGCCUUCCAAACGGAAGAAAUCCAGGAUUUUCAGUACUCCCGUACCGAGCUGCUCGCAAUGUGCCAUUGGAUCCAAGGCUUCAAGGCAUGUGGUCGAGGUCUCCUCAGCCCGGAACGCGGCGACGGGUUCGUUUUCGGGGUGCAGAGACGCCUUGACAUGCGCUUAAACGGGCUGGUGUUGGAUGCUGAGGCCAACAGAAAGUUGAUAAAAUGGGUCCAUCCUUAUCCGUGUUUUCUGCACCGCGCCUUUGACGGCUUGCUCUCAACUCGGCAGAACCCUGAUAUUUAUGAUCCUCCUGAAAAUGAGAUACCAAAGAGCUCGGUUGAGGACCUUGUAGCUGAGGUCAAAGGGCUCGGCUUCAAGGGGGUGUUGACGUCCGGGGGAUGGGGAAAUGCGACUGACAACCUGGAAACACUGAGUGAACUUGGACGAGCGGAAGAAGACAGGUUUGAGUUGAUCGUUGGCGGUGGUGUUCGGAGUGGUAACGUGUGGAACAUAUGCUCUGCGAUGAAGGAUCUGGCGCAGCACCGGGAUUUUUGGCUUCACUCUUCGUGCUAUGGAUAUGGAGAAUUCAAUGAGACGCAAGCUCGGGAUAUUUUGAGGUCAAUGAAGGCCGUGGAAGCGGCAAUGAAUGUGAUGGGUCCUAACAAUCUCGUCAUGCAGAGAGGAGGAGGUUGA